CAAGUUGUUUUUUUUAUUUUUUAUAGAGAAGAAAAGACAAGUCAGCCAAAAAAGAAAGACAAGUUAAACUGAAAGAUUAAACAGUGAUUCUCCGGACCGACCCGCAUUUUCUCCGAUGCGAGAGCUUUCCCGCCAAAUCAAUGAAGCGUCAACGCCAAUCUUCUUAGCUCCGUCGUCGCCAUGACCACUUCUCCUCGUACCUCCACUCCAUCGCUCUCCCUCGUCUUCAUCUUCAUCUCCAUCUUUGUCUCGAUCUCCAUCUCUCUCCUCCAUUUCAAGACCCAAAUUUCCCCAACCCUAGACCUAAACCGUGGUACCCUAAAUUCCUCGCAUCCUCAAACCAACCGCCAAAACUACGUUGUUCGAUUUGCCGAAUACAAAAGGGCGGAAGAGCACCGUGAGUAUUUGAAAUUGAGUGUUCGAUCCGAUGGAUGGGAUUGGAUCGAGAGGAACAACCCGGCCAAGAAGUACCCUACAGAUUUUGGAUUGGUUUGGAUUGAAGACUCGGCGAAAGAAAUAGUAGUUUCGGAAUUUGGGAAGUUGGGGCUGGUGAAGGAUGUCAAUGCGGAUAUGAGGUAUGGGAGGGGUUUGCUUGCAGAGGAAAAAAGAGACAAAGUUGGGGCUUUUGUCGAUGGAAAGAAGCGGCCGGGGAAAAUUUUAACGGCGAUGUCCUUUAGCGAAGCCGGCGGCGAUACACAUUUUACGGCCACAAGUAAUUAUUCGAUUAGGUGGAGAAGGCAGCUCAUGGCUCAGAAAUCUCAAGUUACUUCAUUAUUUGGAGCGGAUUUUCUCUGGGAAAAGGGGUAUACUGGUACAAAAGUCAAAAUGGCCAUAUUUGACACUGGCAUUCGAGCUAAUCACCCACAUUUUCGUAAUAUUAAGGAGCGCACAAACUGGACCAAUGAAGAUACAUUAAACGACAAUCUUGGACAUGGGACAUUUGUUGCUGGUGUUAUUGCUGGUGUAGAUGCAGAGUGUCUCGGUUUUGCUCCUGAUACAGAGAUCUAUGCUUUUCGUGUGUUUACAGACGCACAGGUAUCAUACACAUCAUGGUUCCUUGAUGCAUUCAACUAUGCCAUUGCAACCAAUAUGGACGUGUUAAAUCUAAGUAUAGGUGGACCUGAUUACUUGGACCUCCCAUUUGUAGAGAAGGUUUGGGAAAUAACUGCAAACAAUAUAAUUAUGGUUUCGGCAAUUGGAAAUGAUGGACCACUUUAUGGAACUCUAAACAAUCCAGCAGACCAAAGUGAUGUCAUUGGUGUUGGCGGCAUUGACUACAGUGAUCACAUUGCUUCUUUUUCUUCACGUGGCAUGAGUACUUGGGAGAUGCCUCAUGGUUAUGGUCGGGUGAAGCCGGAUGUAGUCGCAUAUGGACGGGACAUUAUGGGAUCUAGGAUCAGUACUGGCUGUAAAAGCUUAUCUGGCACUAGUGUGGCAAGUCCUGUGGUUGCUGGUAUGGUAUGCCUGCUUGUGAGUGUUAUCCCUGAGAGCAGUAGGAAGGACACUUUAAAUCCGGCAAGCAUGAAACAAGCAUUGGUUGAGGGUGCUGCGAAGCUUUCUGGUCCGAAUAUGUAUGAGCAAGGUGCAGGCAGGGUCGAUCUGUUAGAAUCAUAUGAAAUCCUUAAGAGUUACAAACCUCGUGCCAGCAUCUUCCCAAGUACUCUCGAUUAUACAGAUUGCCCUUACUCCUGGCCCUUCUGUCGUCAACCGCUUUAUGCAGGUGCCAUGCCUGUUAUCUUUAAUGCUACCAUUCUAAAUGGGAUGGGUGUAAUCGGCUACAUUGAAAGUCCACCCACAUGGCAUCCUUUAGAUGAAGUAGGGAAUCUUCUAAGCAUUCACUUUACUUAUUCUGAAGUUAUCUGGCCUUGGACUGGUUAUUUAGCGCUUCACAUGCAAAUUAAGGAAGAAGGUGCACAAUUUUCUGGAGAGAUUGGAGGCAAUGUUACUCUUAGGGUAUACAGUCCUCCAGCUCAAGGAGAAAAGGAUAUUAGGAUUAGUACUUGUGUGCUUCAGUUGAAAUUGAAGGUUGUCCCUACUCCACCAAGAUCAAAACGAGUUUUGUGGGAUCAGUUUCACAAUAUUAAAUACCCUCCAGGUUAUAUCCCCAGAGACUCUUUGGAUGUUCGUAAUGACAUACUUGACUGGCAUGGGGAUCACCUGCAUACAAAUUUUCACAUUAUGUUCAACAUGUUACGAGAUGCUGGGUAUUAUGUGGAAACACUUGGUUCGCCUUUUACUUGCUUUGACGCUCUCCGGUAUGGAACACUUCUUCUGGUAGAUCUUGAAGAAGAGUACUUUCAAGAGGAGAUUGAUAAACUGCGGGAUGAUGUUCUUAAUUCUGGACUGGGGUUAGCUGUGUUUUCCGAAUGGUAUAAUGUGGACACGAUGGUGAAGAUGAGAUUCUUUGAUGACAACACACGAAGCUGGUGGACUCCAGUCACUGGAGGCGCAAAUGUUCCAGCGUUGAAUGACCUUUUGGCUCCGUUUGGGAUUGCAUUUGGAGAUAAGAUUCUAAAUGGCGAUUUUUCUAUUAAUGGUGAGCAUAGUCGGUAUGCAUCUGGAACAGAUAUAGUGAGGUUUCCACGAGGUGGUUAUGUGCACAAGUUCCCUUUCCUGGAUAGCUCUGAGAGUGGGGCCACUCAGAAUGUACUUCGGACUCCUGAGAUGACCAUGGCAGAUUCUCCCAUUCUUGGUCUUUUAGAGGUGGGUGAAGGUCGUGUUGUAGUGUAUGGAGACUCUAACUGUUUGGACAGCAGUCAUAUGGUAACUAAUUGUUAUUGGCUCUUGAGGAAAAUAUUAGAUUUUACCGGUGGAAACAUCAAAGAUCCUGUGCUUUUCUCAAACUCAGUUAAACAAAAAUCACCUUUAUAUGUGGAAGACAACCAACUACCGUCCCGUAGAACGGAUGUGAAUUUCUCUACAUAUUCUGCUGUUGUGGGAAAGGACGUGAUCUGUGGGAGUGACUCUUUAUUUGAAAUCUGGGGCACUAAAGGUUACAGUUCACAGAUCAGGGGAACAAACAGAAGAUUACCUGGUUAUUCUGUAGUUGACUUGGAUAGAGGUUUAAAUUCUACAGUCGAUACUUCCAAUUUGAAGCAUCCCAAAUUGCUCGGGGAAAAUAGAAGUGAUUCUCUGGGGAACAGGUACUUCGGCCUGUUCUAUGGGGACGAGCUUGAUAUGCCUGUGGUUGUUCCUAGUCAUUGGCUUGUUCCUGCAAUAAUUGCUGUAACUGGUAUUUUGUUAGUUUUGAGCUUUUGGAGAAUUCGACAGAAACGACGGCGGCGAAGGAAAGGAUCUGGCUCUGGCCGGUUUUCUAAUCUAUAGUUCCGGAUGAUUAGUAGCCCUAUUUUUUUUUAAUGAGGCCUUUGAUCUCUUGUAGCAUUGUUCUUAUAAUACUGUCACACCUACCAGAGGAUUUCUUUGUAACAUCACCUCACUAAUUCAAGAGUCUUGUUGUCUGCACCACAGGAAACGAUUUUGUAUCUGUCAAGGUUUGAUAGAAGAAUUUUUGGAUUUUAUAGUCAAUUUGUAUUCGUGGUAAUGAUGAGUAUCAGACAAGAAUUUCGAAAACAAACGUAAAACAUUCAAAUUCA